AUGGAUGGCGCCCCAAAGCAUCAUCAGGAGCUGAAAGAUGCCGGACUUGCAGUGACCCAACAUCUGAAAUAUUUGUACCAUGCGUUUGUAUCCCACCAAUGGCUCAGCAGUGCUCAUCCCGAUCCAGAAGGGCUGCAGAUGCGCGUCUUGCGCGAAGCUUUGCGGAACAUCAUAAGUGCGUUUACAACAGCGGAGCGAAAUCAGAUCAAAGAAGCUUACAUCUGGCUCGACUGGUUCUCCGUGCCGCAGGUUGUCGGGGGCCCGAGGGAUGAGGACGAGGUUUGCAUCCUGAGACGGAUGCAGCUAAUGUGCAUCCGGUCCAUUCCCAGCUAUGUGGAGUCUUCAGAAAUGUUUGUGGCUCUUGUUCCGCCGCUGCAAAACAAGUCUACGGGAGUGGUCUGUGACUUCAGAAGUUGGUGUCGAACCGAAAUGUGGUGCAAGUUGCUCGCACCUGACUCAGGCAUGCCGAUCGUGGUAAUCGGUGGUGCUGACAAAGCGGAAUUCGUUGGGUCAACAAGCUGGGUGCAAGCUUUGGUUCACGAAGGCGAUUUCGCAGUGGAGUCCGACCGAAGGAUUUGCAGCAAGGUCGUGCAGGCUGCUCUAGACCAAAAAUUGCGGCGACUGGCGCGCGACAAACAUCAUGGCAACCUCUUCAGAUACUUUGCUGCUAGGUAUGAGGACUUCGUUGGGAUUCCAGCCACGCAACGCAGUAUGGAGUGCUUCCUGGUGCGCUUUGGUUUUCCUUCGCUGGGAUCGGCCUUGAGGCAGAAGUCAGGAAUGGGAGCGGUGGCUUGUGCCGCGCUUUCAGGAGACACAGCCAUGCUAGGCCGCCUAGUGGAUAUGAGGGCAUCUCUUGAAACAAAGCUGCCAGAGCUUUGGGAAGUGGCUCUGCCAAUCAAGGCCACUCCUCUUAUCAUGACGCUCACAGGCGGCGAACGGUGCACGGAGGCCCUGGUUGAACUUCUAAAGUUGAGAGCGGAUCCGAACAGCUGUGAUGGCAACGGCGGUGCCGCUCUUUGCUACUGCACCACCCCGCGAGCGGUCGACCUUCUCGUGGAAUACCGGGCAGAUGUAAAUCUUCGUAAGGCGCCCACCAUGAUGUCGCCCAUUUCUGGCCUCUGCGCAAGAGGUGCGUCACCAGAAACUGUGGCCAAGUUGUUGGAGUGGAGGGCGGAUGUGAAUCUUUCUGAUGGCGGGCUUGGCCAGACAGCUAUUGUGUACUUGACCAUUUUCUUCUCUGGAAACCUGCGCGGUUUAGAAGUUGCGGAGCUUCUCCUACAGGCCAGCGCAGAGGUAAAUAAAGUCAGCGCCAUCGGCUGUGCUGUCAGAGUCAUCGAAUACAGUUCUCGCACGCUGACGUUUUUCAAGAAGGAACUUCCGCUCCUGCUUUCCUGGUUUGCAGAGGGUGGCACCACAGCACUUGGUGCCGCCUGCUUCUUCGGAUCUACAGAGACACCUCCCAAAAGUUCUGAUGGGUGUAAAAUGUAA